AUGAGACGUUUGCUUGUUUUGCUUUUGCAUCUAUGGAUGCCGAUUUUGAGGUCCGCAAGAGGAGCUUCCGUUGAAGAGCAUCAGGGAGCGGUUUUAGGAUGCAAUCCAGAUACUCUUUCAGAUGGGUUUACAGUGUCAUAUUACAGUCUACCUCUGGUGGGCACAAGAAGUCCCUGCUACAACCCAAUCUAUAGUACGGAAUCGUACAUACAAGGCGGCUACGAAAACGUUGGAGCAGGGAAGAUUGGCACAAGUUAUGGUGUAACAAAUCUUACUUUUGAUACUGGUACUACAGGAUUUACUACCCGUUGUGUGCCUGUCACCUAAAAGCUUCCUUCAAAUUACAACUUUGAUAAAUCCUUUACUACGUCCAAUUUUUCUAUGUUGAUGACUGGGUACUUUCUUGCCCCAACGACUGGUACCUACAAUCUUGAUCUUACUUACGUUGAUGAUCUGGCUUACAUAAACGUUGGAGCUGGUAAUGCCUUUAAUUGUUGUCAGCUUGCAAGAUCUGUAAAUACUCCAGGUGCUUUUUCACUCUAUGCCAUUUGGCCUCAAGCUCAAAACUUCGUCACCAUUGAUUUGGUUGCUGGUCUGUACUACCCAAUAAGAGUAUUUUAUGUCAACAGAAAUUAUAUCGGAGGGUUGAAAUUUUACUUCACCACUCCUGAUGGCAUUCAGCAUACUGACUGGACUGGCUACAUUUUCAACGCUGAAGACGCCGAGGAUGGAGAGCAGUGUAACUUCGAACCUCAAUAUACACCAUUUCUUCCAAAAGAACGGAUACCACUACAUAUACAACGGUUUCGAGCUAUACUGACUCUAAUGGCCAGAUUACUGUGGGAGAUUUCGUCGUCGAAGUUGACCCUUUGACUGAUAGUGCUAAAGGCACAUCAACCAGACAAUAGACGGGGACUGCUACAUCUACUUACGCAACCAGUGUAUACACAACUACAGGAACGGAUGGCUAUCCAACUGUAAGUACUCUUUAUUACGUUGAAACUCCAUUUGAAGCUAUUACUUCUUAUUCUGCAUAGACAGGACUUCAAAGCUUCACCUACUCAACAGGAUUGAAUACAUAUACGGGGUCGAAUGGGCUUCCAACUACUGAGAAAGUCAUUUAUGUGGAGACACUUUUUAGAAUAUCAACUACAACUACUGCGUGGGAUGGAUCAUACACGUCGACGUUUUCAACAGAGGUGGUCACUAUUACAGGAACUGGUGGGAUCGAGACCACCGAAACUAUCUAUCACGUCGAAACGCCGCUGUGGUACUCCACGACAACUACUGCGUGGGAUGGAACGUACACGUCGACGUUUUCAACAGAGGUGGUCACUAUUACAGGAACUGAUGGGAUCGAGACCACCGAAACGAUUUAUCACGUCGAAACGCCGCUGUGGUAUUCGAGCACAACAAUUAUUUCUAACGAAACUGAAACUUCUGACCCUCAGGCUCUUCACCUGGGAUCUCAACCGAGUUGUCGGGUGGAAAAAGUUCAACUUUUUAUAGUGAACAAACAGUCGUUCCGAUUAACGUUACAACAGUAGAUCCUGCAUCGACAUAUUCAAAUGGAACGGUUACCCCAGCAGAUUCGAUCCAAGCGAGCACUUCUGCAUUUGAAUUAUCUUCAAUUACGACCAAAACCACAAGAUUGAAUUUUACAGAAAUAAAAUCCAUAUCCAGCAGUGAAAGCCAUUUACAUGUUACAGUUAGUAAAACAACAGAGUGGAGUGGCGGAAUCACAUCUACAUUUUCAACUGAAGUGAUUACGUCUACGGGAACUGACGGAAUCAUUUUUACAAAAACGAUUUACCACGUCGAGACUCCAAUAAUUGCCUCGUCCUUAUGUACAGAUCUAACCAGUAUGAAUUCCACCGAAAGUUCUAGUGUGAGCUCAGCUUAUGAAUCGACUGUGUACAUACCAUCGGAUAGGUCUAACACAAGCACUUUGCUUACCGAAAAGUGUACGUCUACCGGCCCCGAUGGCAAUACAAAGACCAAGACAACUUAUAUUGUCGAACCCCCCAGCCUAACAUCAUAUCUUCUGAAAGUAUGACAAGAUGGACAGGAACUUAUACUAGCACCUAUGCAACAGAAGUCUCUACAUUAACUGACGCAAAUGGUGUAACCAUCAUUUCAACUUUGUAUCGCAUAGAAACUCCCAGAUUGGCUUACUAUGGAAACAGCAAGAAAACAGAAGCCUCUCUAAAUUCUUUUGCAACCUCAAAUCCUUUUGAACAAGUAACUAGCGUUCAAAGUACUAUGCCAGUGACCACCUUUUUUUCGUCUUUCGGCAGUAUUUGCUCAGGUUCCAGUCAAAAACCGGGAAAUUCGAUCGAACUUAUACCCAAUCAGAUAUACCAACAAGUUUAAGCGGCUUUACGAAUAAAGAGUCUGUUGUUACAAGCAGAUCAAUCAUUACUUCUACGACUUUAAUUUCUUCUCAGGCUCUUUUUACCUCAAGCGUGGAAACGAAUCCUGCUGAAAAUUCAAAAACCACAAAUCAGCUCUCUAUUUCCCAAACUGCUUCAAGUGGAACGGACUCGUUUACAAAUUGCAUAGACUGUGGUUAUUCAGACUAUUUUUCAGGCUUCUCUUUAUCGAAUAGUCUAUCUCGUAGCGAGUUCACCACCUAUGAAGCAACAGAACAAGCAUCAGCAACGACUCUAUUGGUAAUUACUACUUCAUUUACGACAGAUUACCAAAAAAUGAGCAAUUUCUCCGCUGGGCACAGUCGGGUGAUGUCUUCAAUCGAGACCGUCACUAAAGAAACUGACUUUCCUAGCGGAACUCAUACAACAACUAGUUUUCAAAGGAUUGAAUCGACGACAGUUCUAGAUGAGACAAGCAUCUCUUCAAACGAUAUCUCAUAUAGUUAACUCGCACAUUCUCUCUCCGCUUCCGGAUCCCCACUAGUACAAUCUACAAGUAUAUCAAAAGGUGGACAGUCAUUGGGUGCUCAAAGCAAUAUUUUGCAGUCCUCCAGUCCAACACCCUCGAAUUCUGCAAUUUCAAAUAAGACACUGAUGAAAUCAACCCUAUCCACGUUUCUUACUCCUGAUGAUCCGACGAGCAAAUCUGAAGAGCAGCCAGCAAUAAUAUCGGCCACUUCUUCUUUAAGUGGCACGAAGUUGUCAAAUAGCCGCACCUCUAAUUUAAUACCUACGGCAUCCGUGUUUCAUGGUAGAGCGGACAAAUUAACUUCUGGAAUGCUUGUAUUACUUCCUUUAGUAUUAUUAUAA